AAAUCCCAACGCAAAUCUCCAACCUUCCACCUUUGCGCCCCCAUUCGAUAUCUCUCCUCUCCUCCUAGAAGCUUCCAUGGCGCCCAAGGCUGAGAAGAAGCAAACAACAAAGAAGAAGCUGAUGGAGUUGGAGAAGAAGGCCAAGGUGGAGAAGCGCAUGCCUGGGAAGGAGGGCGACACUGACAAGAAGAAGCCUAAGAAGAGCAAUGAUACAUACAAGAUCUACAUCUUCAAGGUGCUCAAGCAGGUUCACCCAAACAUGGGAAUCUCCUCCAAGUCAAUGUCCAUCAUUAACUCAAUCAUCACUGACAUCUUCGAGAAGCUCGCGAGUGAGUCGGCAAAUCUCGCUCGCUACAACAAGAAGCCCACCAUCACCUCCCGGGAGAUCCAGACCGCUGUGCGCCUUGUCCUUCCAGGCGAGCUUGCCAAGCACGCUGUCUCUGAGGGAACCAAGGCCGUCACCAAAUUCACCAUGUAUUAGGUCACCACCAUCGACAAUAAUAAGGUGUUAUGCUUCCGUAUGAAAAGAAUGUAAAAUGAGUUGGAUUUGUUAAUAAAUGAAUCAUCUCAUGUUUGUUUGAAA